GAGAAGGUGGCCAGUUCUCAGACAGAGGAAGAGUAGAAACCAUAAAUGAGAGCUGUCUUUAUCCAAAGUGCUGAAGAGCACCCUGCGGCAUUCUGCUACCAGGUGAAUGGGUCUUGCCCCAGGACAGUACAUACUCUGGGCAUCCAGUUGGUCAUCUACCUGGCCUGUGCAGCAGGCAUGCUGAUUAUCGUGCUAGGGAAUUUAUUUGUAGCAUUUGCUGUGUCCUACUUCAAAGCGCUUCACACACCCACCAACUUCUUGCUGCUCUCCCUGGCCCUGGCUGACAUGUUUCUGGGUCUGCUCGUGCUGCCCCUCAGCACCAUUCGCUCAGUGGAGAGCUGCUGGUUCUUCGGGGACUUCCUCUGCCGCCUGCACACUUACCUGGACACCCUUUUCUGCCUCACCUCCAUCUUCCAUCUAUGUUUUAUUUCCAUUGACCGCCACUGUGCCAUCUGUGACCCCUUGCUCUAUCCCUCCAAGUUCACAGUGAGGGUGGCCCUCAGGUACAUCCUAGCAGGAUGGGGGGUGCCCGCAACAUACACUUCCUUCUUCCUCUACACAGAUGUGGUAGAGACAAGGCUCAGCCAGUGGCUGGAAGAGAUGCCUUGUGUGGGCAGUUGCCAGCUGCUGCUCAAUAAAUUUUGGGGCUGGUUAAACUUCCCUUUGUUCUUUGUCCCCUGCCUCAUUAUGAUCAGCUUGUAUGUGAAGAUCUUUGUGGUAGCUACCAGGCAGGCUCAGCAGAUUACUACAUUGAGCAAUAGCCUGGCUGGGGCUGCCAAGCAUGAGAGAAAAGCUGCCAAGACCCUGGGCCUUGCUGUGGGCAUAUACCUCUUGUGCUGGCUGCCCUUCACCAUAGACACGAUGGUCGACAGCCUCCUUCACUUUAUCACACCCCCACUGGUCUUUGACAUCUUUAUCUGGUUUGCUUACUUCAACUCAGCCUGCAACCCCAUCAUCUAUGUCUUUUCCUACCGGUGGUUUCGGAAGGCACUGAAACUCACACUGAGUCAGAAGCUCUUCUCACCGCAGACACGCACUGUUGAUUUGUACCAAGAAUGAUUCCUUCUACUAAAUGCAGGCAAGGAGUAUAACCUCACAGGAAGGAUGAGCGGCACUGUGACCGUGGGCUGUGUG